AUGGCGCCGGCUUCGGCUCCGGCUCCGGCGUUGGACGUCGAGGGCGAGGUCGGCGGCGGCAACAGCCAGAACGCGCUGAAGUCCGAAGCCGACGGGGAGCGUUCCGUCGCUCCCAAGACGGGAGGCGGUUCUGUGCCUGGUGAAUUCCGCUCAGAUGACCCGGCCACAGAUGUCUGUGAGGACGCUAUCGACUCCUCAGAUGUCCCUGCCCUGGCUUUGGAUGUGAACGGCGAGGGCGGCGGGGCCAAGGAGAAUCUGGGCAAGGUGCGGGUGAAAUCCGAGCCAGAGCACUUUGAGGGCGAAGGCGCCGUUCUCGCCCCUUGCACCGGGCCUGCGGGUGCCAAUUUUGUGGGGAUAGCUUCCUCCUCCUCCUAUAAACUGCCUGUGGCAAGUCCGGAGGACUCGACUGACGAGCGAGGAGGGGAUAGCACAGAGUGCUCGAGCUCGUUCGCAGACUCUGGUGAUGAGGCAGGCAAUGGUGACCUGGAAGUGAAUUCUCCCUUUUCAGUUCAUGCUAAUGGCGGUCAAACCUCCGCGAUGCCCAGGAAUCGUGGGAUCACAACGCUGGACGUGAAUCGGAAAUAUCUAGUCGUACGCAGAGCAAUUUCGCAGGGUAAAAGAUCAUCAGGGAGGCUGGUGGCCACCCCAGUUCCAUUAAUCAUGAAACCACCAAAUCCAUACAGGUCUAAAAAUCAGGAAAAUUACAGCAGGAUCAUCAGCCCGCAAAAGCCCAAACUAUACAGCAAGACCAGAGAAACUUCUGCAACAGCCUCAUCUCGGAACUUGGUCUUCUUCAACGGAGACUGGGUUGGCGAUGGCGCAGGUUCCAGAGGACUGCAAGGGCUAAGCAUGGCCAUCUUCAGAGCACACUGCGGAUCCUGCCUGGGAGGGGAAGACAGUAGUUCACCAAGUGGCAGGUCAAGGCUGCGAUCAAUUGCAUCUGACAGAGAAAGCUUGCUAAGGAGCGCUGAAUUCAGAAGGAAAAAGGUAACUGCCGAGUGGAGGAAUGCGGUCCGCCCAAUGCUGUGGAGAUGUGAGUGGUUAGAGCUGCGCAUGAAGGAUCUUUUAUCUCAAGUAUCAAAGUAUGACAGCCAGCUUGCUCUCAUCGAGCAGGAAAAAGAGUUGCAGAGAGCAACAAGCAAGACAAAUGGUUGUAGGCAAGAAUCUGGGAAGAACUGCAGAGACCAUGAAACUAUUAGCAUGGAGAGGAGAAAGCGCAAAAGACAUGAAGACACCGUGGACACAUCAUUGUACCUCAAGAAGCACAAGAUAUUAUCAUACUUCUUUGAUAAACAAAACAAGGGAGCUGACGCAGAUGGCCUCUUAAUUGAUGAUGAUAGUCAUGGUCAAGAUUUCAGUGCUCUGCAACCAGCAGACAUCUGUGGAACUCAUUUUGCUAGGUGCAUGCUUACUGUAAGAAAGCUGACAGACCUACUGGCGCCUUGUUCAUACACUAGUCCUAAUGCAGUUGGGGAUGAUACUAGACGCCGCCUCGAAAUUGUUGGUUUGCCUGCGUCCAAGGAAUAUGAUAUGGCUUCCAACCAAUUUGUGUUACAAAAAGUUCUCAUGAAAAUUGGUGGUAUCCAGUCUCGAGUUCAUCGUCUACAAGAGCGUCUCAGCAAGGCUCGCUCUAAACAAGCAAAGCUGGCAUCUUUCAUGGAUCAUGACCAGGUCAAGGUGGCUGAGAAGAGGCAAAGGAUACAAAAACGUGCAUUCUCUCCUGAGAAUGAUCGAUAUGCUAAGCCACAGAAAAAGAAGAAGCUAAACAUUUUGCUGGAGCAGGAGGAUAGACCAACUCUGUCAGUAAAUCCCACAUUGUCUGAGAGGGCAACUGAUUGUUUAAUAGAAGAUCCACAGGGUAAUAGUGAAGAAAAAGCUCUAGAGAGGAGCCAGGCACAUAAGAAAGACAUCACAGCGGAUCUACUUCUAGCUGUUGAAAGUUCCUUACCAAAUGGUCAUUUGGGAGAUUUGUGCAAAGAAAACACUGAUGAUAUCCUCAUAGACAACCAAGGGGCCAAAGAUGGGUAUCAGCCGUUUGAGAACACCAAGCAUCCCCCUGAGGAACCACCUGUGCUUAUUGAGAAUGUUGCUAAAACUGCUCCAUCGAAAGUUGGGAAUACCUCUGAACCAGUGGAAGCCGAGAAAAGUUUGGUCCCACUGGUUAAGCAAGAAGUAACUAUUGGAAAACUGCCAGUUUUGAAGCAUGUCUACUCUGGAAAGAAACGUGGAAGGACACCCAAGACAGAAGAUAUGGACUCUGCAGCUGCAUCCAAGAACCACAAUAAAGAGGCCUCCGAAACACCUUCUGCAAAGCAGAAAGCUGAGACAACACCCUGCGCUGAAAACGAGAACGCUGGCUCAAAGAAGCAGAAAACAGUGGACAUUCGGUCUCCUUCAAAUAAGUCAAACUCUGGGAAUUCUUGUUCAGCUGCAGAGAAGCUGAAAAUUGGAAACUCAUCCUCAGCUGCAAAGGCGCAGAAAUCUGGAAGCUCAUCCUCAUCCGCAAAGGCUCCAAAAACAGGAAACUCAUCCUCAGAUGGAAAUAAGCAGGCAGCUGGAAACUCAUCAUCAGCUGCGAAGAAGCCAAAAAUGGGGAACUCAUCCUCGGAUGGAAAGAAGCAGGCAGCUGGAAACUCAUUCACAGCUGCGAAGCCAAAAACAGGAAAGUCAUCUCCAGAUGGAAAGAAGCAGGCAGCUGGAAACUCGUCCGCACCUGCAAGGACGGAGAUGAGUGAAAACAUCCACACCAAUCUUAGGAUUGAGAAGGCUAUCUUGGUGGAGGUGAACAGCAGGAGGAGUCAAAGGGUGGGUUAUCUCUCUUAUCGCAUACAGCUGAAGAAGUUCAGCCUUUUUGCUGUGGGAGAUUCUAAAGAGCUAAAACUUUGUGGGAAGAAGUUUUUGAAAAUCCUAGCACCUGCUGUUUCUGCUUUUCUCUGCACCUUGGAGUUUAUUUCUGAAAAUGAAGAGAAGGCUGGCAAGGUUUUGACAUGUCUCCUUCCUUACUUUCAGUUUGAGAGUAUCAGCUCGGACAUCUCUGGUUUCACGGAUCAUCAAAACUGCUGA